AUGCUUCGAAGAUCCGCACGAGAGUACUAUCGAUCACCAGCUGCGAACUGUUCCACAUGGUCAUACAGCAAGUCCUCAAAGCUUGCUGACGAGAACGACUUCUCCAUCUGUGGGCUUGAGAUUUACACAACCAAGCAAGCAUUCUCGGAUCAACUCAACGAUCCAAAGUACUUCCAACCCUAUCGCCAAGCCGUCGAGGACGAGAAGCUUUACGGAAAGCCCGCAGAGCAUACGGCAUGGUAUCCUGCUGCUGGCUUUGUUGCGAGGGAUGUUGAUGCCACGACAUCCGGACCUGCGCUGGUCAGUCUGAGUCAGCUUAUGUGCAAGGACCGUGAUGCCAUUGUGAACCUGCUGUCUGAUUUCGCUGGAUGGGUGAAGGAGAACGAGCCUGGCGUGCUCACUUACGCCGUCUUCACGAGGCCAAAGGCCCCGAAAGAGGUAAUGCUGUUUGCUCGAUACAUCGAUCGGGAGGCCAUGGAUGAUCAUGGUGAAGCUCCGGAACAUCAGGAAGUUGUGUAA